UUGCUUGGCGCCGCGACCUCAUGUGAGACACCUCCUGCGCGAGCCAGUCCGACGUUACCUCUGCAGAGGAAAAAACGCAAUGGAGCCCUGAAAAAAAAAAACGAACCGUUUUUCCUCUCUCUCGUUUGACCCCCCGAGGGGAGAAGAAGAAAAACAACAACAAACUGCCCCCCCUGCGUCCACGCGCUGCUUUAUCCGCUAAUUUAAACUCGAAGGCGUUAACAGGGCGGCGCGACGAUGUGGAUCCAGGUUCGUACUAUAGACGGGAAGAAGACGCGAACCGUUGAGGAUCUUUCUAGAUUGACCAAAAUUGAGUCUUUGCGCGUGAAAAUACAAGACAUCUUCAAUGUGAGCCCGCAGCAGCAGCGCCUCUUCUACCGAGGGAAGCAGAUGGAAGAUGGCCAGACACUGUUCGACUACAACGUGGGUCUCAAUGACAUCGUUCAGCUGAUGAUUCGCUCUCAGACCGAUGCUCCAGACAGCCCCGCCGCCAAGGACUCCUCCUCAGGUGUAGCCUGUGCUUCAGCCCCUCCGCCUGACUCCAGGCCUGAAAGCCACAACGUCCCAACUCCUGCCUCCCCUGCUGCUAUGGAAACCUCCACCAAUAUAGACAAUGACAAGAGCAGCAUCACUACCAGCACUGUUAACGAAACCAAGCCAGACACCAGCGCCACCAGUAACUCAGCCAGUACCAAAAAUGGGUUCAAGUCCUCCAGUCCAGCACAGGACACCCAGCCGCCCACAUCCAGCAAAAACACACUAACCGACCCAGGAAUUGGUGUGUACAAGAUUAACGAGCUGGUGGACUGCAGAGACGUCAGCAUCGGUGCCUGGUUUGAGGCCUGCAUCGAAAAUGUAACACGCGCUCCCAAAGGACAGAUAACGCCCACCAAGGGCAAAGUGGGCCGCCCCCCAAAAAGGACUAAUGGAAAGCUGGAGGCCGAGCAGGGACAGGCCCACGGCCAGGGUCAAACCACAGACAGUAACAGGAAUAAUGUUGUGUUAAACUCAGAGAGUAAUGGAGCCUCCACCUCUCAGACAGACUCUACAGCAACAGCAACAGCGCCCGACAGCAAGGAGAGAGAAGAGGACGUAAUUUACCACAUUAAAUACGAGGACUACCCAGAGAACGGCGUGGUGGAGAUACGACCGGUGCAUGUGCGGCCACGUGCCAGGACUCUGCUGCGGUGGGACCAGCUCCAGGUCGGCAUGCAAGUAAUGGUGAACUACAACAUGGAGACGCCAGAUGAGAGGGGGUUCUGGUUCGACGCCGAGGUUCUGACCCUCAAUCAAACCUCCCGAACCAACAAGGAGCUCCGAGUCAACAUCCUCCUGGGGGGUCCUGGAGAUGUAAUUGGAGAUUGCAAAGUUCAGUUUCUGGAUGAAAUCUACCAGGUGGAGAAACCAGGAGCUCGUGCGCUGUCGGCCGCAGAUGGACAGUUUAAACGGAAGAGUGGGCCGGAGUGUAAGCACUGCAAAGCCGACCCUGACGCAGAGUGUCGAUUCUGCUCCUGCUGUGUGUGCGGUGGGAAGCAGGAUGCUCACAUGCAGCUGCUGUGUGAUGAGUGCAACAUGGCGUUCCACAUCUACUGCCUCAACCCACCGCUGGCCACCAUCCCAGACGAUGAGGACUGGUACUGUCCAACCUGCAAGAACGACACCAGUGAGGUUGUCAAGGCGGGCGAGAAGCUCAAAGCCAGCAAGAAGAAAGCCAAAAUGCCUUCGGCAACGACUGAGAGUCAAAGGGACUGGGGAAAGGGCAUGGCCUGUGUGGGGCGCACUAAAGAAUGCACAAUUGUUCCUUCAAACCACUAUGGACCCAUACCUGGUGUUCCUGUUGGAACCACGUGGAAAUUCAGAGUACAGGUGAGCGAGGCAGGAGUUCACAGGCCACACGUCGGCGGGAUCCACGGACGCAGUAACGACGGCUCCUAUUCGCUGGUGCUAGCUGGUGGCUUUGAGGAUGAAGUGGACCGGGGAGAUGAGUUCACCUACACGGGCAGCGGGGGUCGUGACCUCUCAGGAAACAAGCGGAUCGGAGAGCACUCGUUUGACCAGACCCUGACACACAUGAAUAGGGCAUUGGCCUUAAACUGCGAUGCACCUUUGAAUGACAAAGACGGAGCAGAGUCCAGGAACUGGCGAGCGGGAAAACCAGUUAGAGUUGUGCGCAGCUCCAAAGGUCGACGGAUCAGCAAAUACGCUCCCGAGGAAGGAAACCGCUACGAUGGUAUUUACAAGGUGGUAAAGUACUGGCCAGAGAUCGGAAAGUGUGGUUACUUGGUGUGGAGAUACCUGCUGAGACGGGAUGAUAUGGAACCGGCACCGUGGACGCCUGAAGGUGUGGAGAGGAUCAAAAAACUGGGCCUCGCUGUUCAGUACCCACCAGGCUACCUGUCAGCCAUGGCUAACAAAACAAAGAAGGAGGCCUGCGCCAGACCUGGUCGUGGCGGCCGGACUAAACACUAUCCCGGGAGAGGGAGGCCACGGAGACAACGCAAGAUCAAGGAGAAAGAGGAGAUUGACGAGGAAGAGGAGGAAGAGAACCCCGUGGAAAACAUGGAAGAAGAGGCGCCACAAAGUAAUGGAGAGCAGAAGACAACCGGAGAGAGUGAAUCCUCACCAGUGGCAGAGCCUCCGUCUAAACGAGUGAAGAUAGAGGAGACCUUCCAGCUGUCAGAGCAGCAGCAGCAGUUGAUCCGAGAGGACACAGCCAACAAGAAACUCUGGGAUGAAGCCAUGGAAAACCUUAAAGAGGGACCGAAUUUCCUGCGCAAGAUGGAGCAGAUUUUCAUGUGUGUGUGCUGCCAGGAGCUGGCCUUCCAGCCUAUUACCACCGUCUGCUCACACAACGUUUGCAAGACUUGUCUCCAGCGAUCGUUCCGAGCGAAGGUGUACACCUGCCCUGCCUGCCGCCACGACUUGGGCAAAGACUACGUCAUGACCCAGAACAAGACGCUUCAGAUACUGCUCGACCAGUUCUUUCCCGGCUACAGCAAGGGCCGAUGAGGUCGAAAUCACAUUUAUAAGUAGGAUACACGCACAUAAGCAUCCAUUCUGUGCACCCUCGUAUACCGUCAAGUACCUAGAGCUCCACUUUAAAACGCAUUGCACACACAUAAUGUACUUACCCACGGGCAAAUGUAUAUUGCAUAUACAGCCAUUUAUGUAUACAAUCAUUCAUACACAAACAACCUCAGUAGGGACUGACCUCAUCUGCUGAACUUGGACUGUCUCCAUUAACAUCACCAGCCUGAAAUUCAACCGAGGACAUUUUUUAAACCUCCCCACUCCUGCCACACAAACGCGCACAAAAAACAAACGCACAAAAGGAGCCCCGACUCAUACUCCCACAAGCCAUCAUAAGAUAUCAGUUCUUCUUUUUUAUUUAGUUCUCCCUUCCAUUGUGCUGUCCACUGGUUCCAUUGAUUGACAUACAGCACGUUGUUCGAGUGCACAUUUCUCAAUAUCAUAAAAUCAGCUGUUAGAUUCUUGCCAACCUGUGUGCAUUUUGUGUACCAUGUAUGCAGCUUUUUACACCAAAAUACUGAUCUGUGUGCUCGGCCGGUGCUAGGAAGGGCAAGUAGGUUGGCCUGUUAUGGCAAAGUAAAGUUAAAAAAGUCCAAAAUGAGCAUCCAGUUUUACAUAAAGCAAAGCACACAAUAUCUUCUGCCGUUUUAGCACCUCAAUAUUGACAUGUGCGUCUUGUUUUGUAGGUUAAUCAGAAGCAUUUACUAGCAUCCUGCUAGCUGCUCAUGUCACCUGGAAUAGUGCCAUUGCCAUGCCUUGAGCUAGUAAGAAUAGCAAAUGUCUCGCCAGGGGUAACUUUCCGUGUUUGGCAGAGAACAGAAAUUGGCAGCUGCGUCCAGUUUGUUUGGAGUGUUGGAGGAUUUCCUGCUCUAACAAGGCUGCAACUUUACAUACAAAUAGAAUCUACCAGUGACACAAAUCUCUGUUAAGAUUUUAUGUGGAGUCAUAAACAGUGUUUACUAAGCACGAGGCUGUAGGGGCAAACCUUGUGGAAUCUGAUUUUAAAAAGUAAUUUUGGAUGAGGAAUCACACCUCAGAGUCCAAUGCAAUAUCCAGCACGCUACCAGCUUUCUUUAGUUAGAUCCUGUUUGUUUCUAUUUCCGAGCAGCUAUAAAAUAAAUGUACAGGAUGCAUUUAACGCACUAAAACCUCGCACAGUGUUUAAAUAGAUGAGUUAACAUAAUGUAAAGACAUUUAUCUGGUUCAUGGUUCCAUAAACUAACCUGUCCUCGCACACAAGAUGAAUACGUUCUGUUUUUCUUUAUUGACCAGAAUGAAACCUGCAACUGCAUUAAAUGCCUGUAAAGCGUUAGAUGAGCCGGAUACGCAUUCUGUUCAGUGACAUCUGAAAUGGCACACUGUGGUUUGUCCCUGGUGUUACCAAGCAACCACAAUCAAGCAGGACUUCACACAAAGAUGGUUAGCAUAUAAUGUGCUCAGCAGAUAUUCAUCUGCUAUUGUUCUUCCUGUUGGGCUCAGUGUAAUGUUCUCUGGAGAGCUCUGGGUGUCCAGCGCGAUGCACAUCUCCUUCAUUUUAGAGAAAGUGGUCGGAUGAGUGAUUGCACAGGCGGCGCGAUGUGGAUUAUUUGUCACGUUACGUCCAGAAAACGGAGAUACAGCUGUUUCAGUUGAGCCAAACAAAAGGCUGCUGAUUUGUGCUCGCUGAUAAAGAGCUUUCCACUCAACGUGAUGCGGAUCCACACAGUCGGAGGCUCAAGGCCAAACUGUACGGCUCCCUAAUGUACAGCAGAGAGGCUGGAUAGUGUGUUUGAUGUUGUCAUAGAUUGCUAUUCACCACUGCUGUCCUUUAAAACAGGCAGAGAAAGAUAAGUAGUGCUUUCAGUGCUAUCAGAUACCAAACAUUAGCACCAAAUUCCCCAUCAGUUUCCUAAUAUUGUUCAGUUUCUAAUUUUAAUCAGACAUUUACUGAUUUAUUAAACUAUUUUAGAAGGUUUUACUUGAGCCAGUUACUUUUAAGGCUGCUUGUGUUUGGCAAUAAGUGCUACUAAAACUCAGAUAAUGUAUUGGAACUUUGAUGUUUUGAAGCAAUACCCUACACAGCACAAGUGAGAGGUUUUUAGUUGACUGGUGGAUGUAAGCUUAACAGACUUCUCUAGUUUUUUUAAUACACAAUUGAAUAUCCUAAUGGAUAAUGCAUUUCGUUGCACUUGCAUACAUUACAACAUUGACCAUGCAUGUUGGUGCAAUGUGAAGUUUGAAUUAUGUCAUUUACUGAACCUCAUGGUCAGAAAAUGAACACUGGCAGUAAGAGAAGUGAAGCCCGAGGUAAUUAUUUAACAUCCAAGCCCUUUUUUGUCCCUUUUUAGCCAAUAAAUAGGCCAUCAAGGAUGUUUUAAUUGGAAAACAACACCUGGGAAAAGGCUAAUUUGCAAUUUGUAAGUUCAUCACAGGGAAGUUGUUCCUGUAGUCCAGAGAGAAAUCUGAAAAUACAACAGUGGACUGAGGAAGAAAAGAGCAUUUUUAAAAGAACUGUCAAAGCAAACAGCAUUGAGUUACUGAUUAGAAAUGCUUGGCUGUGCUCAAUAUGUUCAGUUCAAAUUAGUUGGAUUUCUUCUCACAGAAAGUUGGUUCCAAAAAGACAGGCUCAUAUGAGAGAAGACCAGCUGAUUUAUUUUGGAUAUGCCGGAUAACAAGGAGGCCUGUUUACAUACCGCCGUACAUGUUUAGAAGGAUUAUGAGCGUGUGUGACAGAAGGAGAUCUUUUCUUUUGCUGUUUGCCUCAGACUUCUGGCUCCACACAGAGGUGAAUGUUUUCAAGUGGCAAACAUGAGACCGUGUGGAUGUAACGUCUAACCUGCAAACAAAACAGAAACACGAGGAUCUCGUUUAUUUUCCCAGAUCAUCAGGUCUAACUCGCGGUGAUCUGCAACCCAGAAACCAAAUCAUAAUGGCAGCUGUGAACACGAUACAAACAAAUCUGGAUGCGUUUUCCUCAAAUUCGCUGCACCAAAAGAUUCACCAUUUGAAAGAAAUGUCAGGAAAGCUCAUGGUUGUUUCUUGACUUCGUAAAAAUAUGCUCAUUUUGGAUAAAAAGACACAUUUUGCAUUUAUUGCUUACCUUUUCUCAUGUUUAACUGCAGAGAAUAGUUAAAACUAGAAAACAAAAAGCACUUGGAAGUUGUAAUCUUACAAGCAUUUUGGGCUUAACAUUUAAUUUCUGACUCGUUUUUAUUUUUAGCUCCUGCUAUAUUGUGACAUUUUCCAUUGCAGAUAUUGUAUUGAUAACAGUUAAAUGCAUUGCUGCAUACAGAAGCCUCUUUUCACCUAUUAUACCCACAGAAAGUCCAGUUUUCCUGGGGUUAAAACUGCUAAAGGAAGCGUUUUUAUUGCGAGCAGCCGACACAGAUCUCCAUCCUCUCUGGUGCUGACAUGGUGCUUUAAAAUGUCCGGGGUUGGCAGGUUUAAAACGCAUGGAGAGCAGCGGCACGUCACUGGGUGUGUGAUGUGGACAGAGGUCACCUGGAGCGCUGAAGUUCAGUUACUGUACACGAGUCGAGUUUGAGGGAAGAUGUAGCCCUUGUUCGAUGCCACCGUCACGUAAAGCCAUGUUCUUUUUUUGACACAGACAGCCUCAGCCGAGUCAACACGCUGCUGCACACAUCAGUGUCUUAUUCUCUGUCGACGUUCAGAUCAGAGACGAACGCUGUCUGUCUGACCCCCGUCGUGUUACCGACACUCCCUCCUUUUAUUCAUUGGCAGGCUGUUUGUUUGUUUGUGGUGAUGUCCUUGUUUCUGUUCAAUCAUUCAGGAUGUUUUUUUUUUGUCUCUUUUUACCGACAACAUGCAAGUACAAAUGCUACUAUGGUCUUUAAAGCUAACUGUGAUGUGCAUUACUUCCACUGUUGCUUACUCUUGUUCGGAUUAUUUUCUUCACGCAUUGACUGGCAAGCUAAUAGCCCUCCUUUCUUUCUCUGCUGUGACCUUUGCUACCCUCUCCUCUCUUUCCGCAGUCUUCUGCCCUCCGUGAACCUACAGUACUAACAAUUUUUAGACGUCUUGUGGACGCUUGGCUUCAGUGCUGUGUCGUUUUCUUUUCAUUGCACUCUCUUAUUGAAGAAAAAAGUUUGAGAAGUCACAUUUAAUUUUCCUAGAAUGCUUACUAUUAUCUAUGUCUGUACACCGUUUAUUUUUUUUCUACCAUUUUAGUUGCUUCUCUCUUCGAUUUUAAUCAUUAGUCGUUUUUAUGUUGGCGACCUCAAACAUUUGCAGCAAAAACGCCAGUCUGAGGAGUUUCAUUGCUUCAUAUUGUGAUCUGAAAUUUUAUACAUGUCAUAAUAAUACUUGAUAUGUACCUAUUAAAUAUUUGGAUUCAAGAAAAGAA